AUGGCCCGACUCAAUGAUGAGAGUCAUUUCAUCCCGGAGGGCCAUCGCCACCCAUCCGACCAAAUCCUAAGUCCACAACCCUGCGCCCCUCCCACCAAGGAGCAUCAUCUACUAUCCUCAUAUGAGACAUCCCACCACCACAACCUCCACAACCCCUCAGACAAUCUCACAGACGACGGUGAAAUGUCACGAGACUACAACUACCCCUCAUCCUCAUCCCCCUCAACCAGAAACUCAACCAGCGACAUCUUCAGCCAAGACAUGGCCGACAACGAACUAGACCUCUCCCAACUGAAAUCAAGAGCAUCAAGCCGCUCCUCCUUCUCCUCAAUCCCAGCCUCAGUCCUAAUCCACCCACUGGAAAAACUCCCCUCAAUGCGCUCCAUGAAUCCACAUGAGAAGAUGGUCGCAGCAUACACCCUCGAAGAAGACGACGAAGCCCGCUUCGGCGGCUUCGACGACCACCCACCUCAAAGAACCAUGAACAUGCACAACAUCCGCACAAUCCGCCAGCGUGAAGGAGCCUUCCGAAAACCAAGUUCCGUCCGCGCUAUGCAAAUGCACACAGAAGACGAAGCCGAUGACGACGAGUAUCUUACUCCACCGCGCCGACGAGGUGGUCUACGAUCACCGGGAUCAUCUCCGAUAAAGCGAUCACCAUACUACUCACCCACGGCCGCGGCGAAAGUUCAGCCGAAGCCGAAGAAGGAGUAUCCGCUCGUUCUGCUGCAUUGUAAUUUACUUGCGCCGUCGCUGCCUGUGACUGGUGCGUCUUUGCCGCAGAAUCAGGGUAUUGUUGAGGAGAUCUUGCCGGUGGAGUAUUGGAAGCGGUGGCGUCGGUUACAGGAGAAGGUUGGGUCUGGAGUUACGCGGGAUUGGGGAGUUUUGAUUUCGCAUCCGGAGGAUUUGUAUGAUAUGCUUGAGGAGCGAUUGUUGGAGAGUCUUGAGUUACAGCGGGCGCGGCUUCAUCAGGGGCAUUUCUUGGGGAAGGAGGAGAGACAUCAUGGUGGUGAUGAUGGGGAUGAUGGGGAUGGAGAUGGAGAUGGAUCUGAGAGGGAGGAUUAUGACGACUAUUACUCUGAUCGGGAGGAGAGUGAGACGGAUGGGGAGCAAGGGGAUGAAUGUCCUGAUUGUGGGGGUCGAGUGCAGAAGCAUAGUGACAGUAACCGCAAGUGGGAGAUUCGUGUUUUUGCGGCGAAUGGGCUUAUGCGUGCGGGUGCUUGGGCGGCGGCUUGGAAGGAGAUGGAGAAGGUCGAUGUUGAGGUUGGACUUUGGUUACCGUCUGAUGUGCGGAGGUCGUUGGAGAAGAGACUUACUGAAGAGCAGGCCGUUCUGAAGGAAGAGUUUGGAUCUUCUUCGAUAUACGACCAGACGCAGGGUGAUAUCGAUCCCAGACGGUUGUCUAUUCAGAGCCAUUCGAGGACUGGAAGUGAUCCCAGAUCUUUCCAGGCUAGUCCGCCGGCUAAACAUGUGCCAGUGACCCUGCCCGUGAACGCCCAGUCCGAUGAACACGCAUCACAGCCUCAAGCGCAAUCUAGGAAGGCCGAUGGGCCUCAGGAGGACACGAAACAGCCUCAAAUCGCUCUGCAGACUCUACUUAUCAACUACUUCCGCGUUUUGGCCGGUGACAGGCGAAACAUUGCACUUGUCUUGAUGAGUAUACUGGUGGUAUUUCUCGCCAUCGGUGCCCGCCCAGAACUGCCUCAAUCGAUUCUGCACACAUCCCCGUCGAACAACGUUGCCUUUGACAAUGCACCAGGUGUGAUGGUUGAGAGUCCGGUACUCUCGGCUACUUCUUCCAGUUUCUCUGAGCGGGCCGAUUUUACUUCAGUACCUGCUGCCUCGGUAUCGGCGUCUGAAUCGAUUAUCGCCUCUGCCGAAGCCUCACUUUCAUCGCAGGUAGAGGAAGUUGCAGCUCCCUCCCUCGUUAAUGCAAAUGAAACCCCGGUCGAGUCUGAGCCUAUUUCUUCAGAAACAGUGGCACCUGCAGAGGCUGAAGAAGGAUCUGCCGUCGAAGACGAUAUCUCAUCUACCUUAACAUCUGAGGUUGAAGAAGCUUCUACCAGUCCGGAGUCCCCUCCAUCCGAAUCAGCACCAUCGGACUCUCCGGGAGACGAUCCCACUCCAUCUUCUACCUCAGUUCCGGAGGAUGAAUCGAUAGACUCCGAAACUGCAUCACCUCCCGCAGCCACGGAAGAUGCCAAUCUCGAUCAACCCGAAGAUCAGGAGGAAUCCUACCUUGAGACUCAAGUCGAGACCGAGCAGGAUUAA